AUGUCAAAACACCUGCCCUUUGGCGAGGCCAAGCCCAGGAAUCGCUUCACAGCUCGCAACCUGGCAUGGAUGAUAGCCAGUGCUGGUCUACUAGCCACGACUUACAACUUUUCUCGUCACACAUCGUUGCUUAGGGACGUUGAUCUCCUCGCGCCUGGUCAAAUCAUUCGGAGCGACUUGGACAACUCUGACCGCUUGAAAACAUUCCAACAAUGCGCAACCAACAAUCUUCUCGAUACGGGGCUCCCAUUCAUGAGAAACGUCAUCCCCAUCACAGUUGCAGACUUUGAAGAACGACGGGAUCGAUUGGCGCAAGCGCUGGUUGAUGAGGGAGCUGAUGCCUUCGUGAUUGAGCCGGGGUAUACAUUCAAGUACUAUGGCAACGUGAGCCAGCCCGAGUGGGAAGUGUGGGAGCCGGAAGAGCGUCCUUUUCUGAUGGUUGUACGCCCAUUCCAUGAUGAAUCCACCGGCAGCGUGAAGGCCAAUACCACCUUUCUCUGCCCGUCUUUCGAGGCUGAACGUGCCCGUCUUCUUGGAAUGCCUUUCUCUGAGGAAAUUUCGAUCGUGCCGUGGGAGGAGCACUGGAAUCCGUACGCCACUCUCCAACAAUCGGAUGUGUUCUUGGGCCUCCGUCGACCUGCGCGCCUGAUGGUAGAUGAAGAAAUGCGAGAUUUCAUCCAGCGCGGACUUGGAUCUGCGGGAUUUGAGAUAGUCGGUCUGCAGGGCCAUGUUGAGGAAGUCAGACAGAUCAAAACAGAUAGAGAGGUUGAGAUUUUACGCGCGGUUAAUACCGGAACCGUUGAAGCGGUGCGACAGAUGAGAAGAUGCCUCUACCCAGGAUUGACGGAGAAUCAAAUUGCCGCUGCUCUUGACGAGGCACUUCGGGCCGCUGGAAUGGAUCCUUUCUUCGAUAUCGUGCUUUUUGAUGAGAAUGCGUCCAACCCGCAUGGUGGAACCAAUGGAUCUAAAGUUUUGGAGCCCGAGACCUUGGUCUUAAUCGAUGUUGGUGCACAUCUCUAUGGCUACUCAUCGGAUAUUUGCCGUACCUUUUUCCCUCCGUUCCUGCAGAAGCCGUCAAAACACGAGAUACUUUCACCGCGCAUGACCGAGAAGCUGAAGGUUUGGGAUAUUGUUUUCGAGGCACAAACUCGCUCAAUUGAUCAAAUGCGUGAGAAUAUGACGGCGGCCAGUGUGGAUAUCGCUGCACGCAACGUCAUCAGCGAUGCUGGGUAUGCUGAAGCCUUUACACAUCGUGUGGGGCAUGGGAUCGGAAUCAAAGCUCACGAAAGCCCGUAUAUGAACCAAGGGAAUACAGCCAGCUUGUUAAAGACCGGUAUGACGUUCACAUCCGAGCCAGGAAUCUAUCUGGUAGAUAAAUUUGGAGUUAGACACGAAGAUGUCCUUCUAGUUUGGGGAGACGAAAAACCCCAGCUUUUGACGGGAAGUCGAGCCCGCGGCCCCUGGGAACCAUGA